AUGGAUUUGGUGGUGGUGCUGGCGUUGAAUAGUCGAGGCAUCAUUCAGGAAGACCGACACACCCUUAACCAGUUGCCCAUUAUGAUCUUGUUUGCGGACACAUUUGUCGGCCAAAACAAUGUUCGACAAUGCAUAAUCAAUAGUAGAGUACUGGCGUACUCGAACCUCAAAAAUGGGAGGCCCUGGGGCCUGGACACCUACUGUUGCUGGAAAGAGACAUGCCAGGGCCCUGCAUACAACAUCAUAUUCAAUCGCUGUGGAAGGCAGUUUUAUGGGAGCAAGUGGUUGCAAUUAAACAUCAAGUAUACAUGUCUGCAGGGCAAUCAUAUGCAGAAGAACAUUGUCUGUCCGACAUGGAUCCAUGCGGCUGCUGUUCAGAACUUUGGACGGUUAUCUGUGCUUCAAAUUAACAUCCACUGUGAGGCCUUCAGCCCCACAUAUGUCCUCAAGGGAAGAGUCGAAAGUUUGAGCAUCAUCGUGAAAGGGAUCAAGAAGAAGAUGAAGCAGAAGGCGGGCAAUAGUUGGUUGAUAGGAGAAAUAAUUGUCUAUUAUGAGUAG